AGCCCAGGGGACGCUGCCGGCCCCUGCGCGGUGCGGCUGUUCCCCACGCUCGCCUUUCUCUUGCAGUUUGUGCUGAAGCACAAAGAGUUUGCUCAUCUCCGGGAGGUGAAGGUCUUUCCCAACGCCCUCAACCCACACAAGGAGGAGUCGCGGGCACUGGUCAAAGCCAUGAUUGACCAGGUCAUGGCGCUGCAUGAAGACAUAAAAUGGUUUCACAUCGGAUGUGAUGAGGUCUACUACCUCGGCGAAGGAGAGGAGUCAAAGCAGUGGCUGCAGCAACAGGACAACACUCCAGAGAAGCUGUGCUUAUCCCACAUAAAAGCAGUAGCGAGUUGUGUGGCCUCAUCUUACCCCGCUGUGACACCCAUCGUGUGGGAUGACAUGCUCCGAGGGAUAAGUGAGGAGACCUUGGCAGAAUCUGGGGUCCCACAGCUUGUGCAGCCGAUGAUCUGGGACUAUGCAGCAGACCUGGAUGUGGAAGGCAAAGUGCAUCUCAUAGAGAAGUAUCGUAGAUGUGGCUUCUCCAAGGUGUGGUUUGCUAGUGCUUUUAAAGGAGCUACAGGAGUGAAUCAGUCUCUAAUCCUUAUUGGACAUCACUUAAAAAACCAUCUUCAGUGGCUGGAAGUGGCAAGCAAAAGCCCUGCUGAUGUCCUCGAAGGUAUCGCACUGACCGGCUGGCAGAGGUAUGAUCACUUCUCUGUUUUGUGUGAGCUUCUCCCAGUGGCAAUUCCAUCCUUGGCCGUAUGUCUGCAGACACUAAAGAAUGGUGGUUAUUCUGAAGAGGUUAAAGAAAAUGUGGAAAAGCUCCUGGGAAUGUCUAACCUGGAAAUUGAUACUUUCAUGAGCACAAGUUUGGGAACCUUUCCUGGGAGCAACAUCCUUACGCUUGUGACCCAAGUUAGUUUCUACCUCAAGUCAUCAGUGGAUGAACUUCUUGAAAGGAACAGGUAUGUCACAGGCUGGUUCAGCCCCUACCACAGGAAAAGGAAGAUUAUCCAUCCUAUAAUAAUGCAUCACUUUCAGCCAGAUGCAGUAAGUCUUCUCUCCAAGUGGAAUGCUGUGGUGCAAGACCUCCAAGCAGCCAUGGAGCAAGUUUUCCACAAGUGUACUGUAGAGGAGUGGAUGGAGGAGAACGUCUACCCCAGCCUACAGAAGCUGCAGCAAGUGGUGGAUGAUUUAGACGAAGCAAUAAAGGCACAAAGUUAGGGACAUUUCAGCUGUCUUACUCCAUGGG